CAAGCGCAACGGCAAUGAAUUCACAUUGGUCAUUCCACAUUCUCUCACAUUCUCUUGGACAAAAUUCCGCAGCAUGAAUCUCUCGAUCCCCACUUGGAAAUUCCAAAGGCGGGAGAGCGUUGGCAAAUUGGGUCAGGUGCAUUUGGAGCCGGCGAGUUUGAUCAAAUGCGUUCUGUCAUCAUCUUGAAGAAGGGAACGCACGAGCUCCAUCUCCAGAUCACCCUCCCAUCUUGAUCUUCUUGGAAAACAGAAAGAGAAGAGCCGAACCCGUCUUAAACGGCGCAUUUCAGGGGGCAGUCGUCAUCCUCGGAACUGGCAAGGGAAGAACAUAUCGGGUCGGACUCAUGCUUGGUUGGGGCUCUAGUAAGAAAAAAAUAUCAAAUGCUUUGUCCAUCGUGGAACUUCUGGUGCACAUGGACUGCGAAGGGUGCGAGAAGAAGGUGCGAAGGGCAGUGUCGAAAAUAGACGGAGUCGAUAGUGUGGAGGUCGACAUGGACUCACAGAAGGUGACGGUGACGGGGUACGUCGACCAGAGGAAGGUGCUGAAGGUGGUGCGGCGGACGGGGCGGAAGGCCGAGUUCUGGCCCUACCCAUACGACAGCGAGUACUACCCUUAUGCCGCCCAGUACCUAGACGAGUCCACCUUCUCCACCACCUACAACUACUACCGCCAUGGCUUCAACGAGAACAUCCACGGCUACUUCCCUGACCAGGCGUACUCCACCGUCGAUGACAACACCGUCUUCAUGUUCAGCGACGACAACGUUCACGCGUGCACCAUCAUGUGAAAAUGGUCAUUGGUACGACGAUAGGAUGUGAUGGAACUGAUGAGAUAGAUAUAUGCACUUGGGAUUGUAUA